CGAUGCCGCCCCGCGCCGCCGCCGGCGACCUCUGCUGAGCAUGGCCGCCGCCCCCGCGGGCCCCCAGAACCGCUGCGUCUUCGUUGGGAACAUACCCUACGAUGCGACGGAGGAGCAGCUCGUGCAGAUAUGCGAGGAAGUCGGACCCGUUGUCUCCUUCAGACUGGUUGUUGAUAAAGAAACUGGAAAGCCCAAGGGUUAUGGAUUUUGUGAGUACAAGGAUGAAGAGACAGCUCUAAGUGCACGCCGGAACCUUCAGGGUUAUGAAGUUAAUGGCCGUCAGUUACGUGUUGAUUUCGCAGAAAAUGGGAGGAGCAAUGACAGAAAUAGAGAAAAGGGUCGUGGAGGACCAGGAAUGGCAUCUAGCGCUGAUGCUCAGAAACAAUCAACUGCAGCUCCCGUUGUAGGAGACACCAGCCUUCAUCAGCUUGUUGGUCUUCCACCGGCAAUACACGCUGCAUCUGUGAUGGCUGGUGUUCUUGGGGGAGCUCAAACUGCAAAUGUGCAAAAUGGUUUACCCGUCCAAUUUGGGCUUGGAAAUGACCCUCUUACCCAUUACUUGGCAAGGAUGUCAAGGCAUCAGUUGUAUGAAAUCAUGUCUGAGUUGAAGACCCUAACUACUCAAAAUAAGGAGCUUGCCAAAAAACUGCUGCAAGGAAUUCCACAGCUUCCAAAGGCCCUAUUUCAGGCACAAAUAAUGCUUGGGAUGGUGACACCUCAGAUGAUGCAGAUGGCGAAGAACCAACAGCCCUCUAGCUCGUUGACACAAUCUUCUCACCUCAAUGAAUCAUUUCCGCAGCCAGAUGCUUUGAUACCAGCUGUUCCUAUACCUCCACAAAACCCUAAUGCCCUGCAGGAACCACCACUGCAUAAUUUUCCUCAGUAUCAGCAUUCGACUCAGCCUCCAGUCAAAAUGUUUCCACAUGGACAUCAGUCUGGUGUGAUGGCACACCCUCCAACUCAGCCCUUUGGAACCUCUUCCAAUGGUCCUAUUCAACCCCUCACAACCUCAGGAGGCUUGAUGUCACAAGUUCAGCCUCCAUUCUUGCCACCUCACCCUAGACCACCAGUUAUGCCAACUAAUGUACAACAACUACCUUUGACCAAUCCUCUUCUCUCUCAGGUUGCUGCUGCACCUGAUAUACCCCCGCAGGAAUCAAGAUUGCCUGAUCGAGCUAGUCAUCAGGCAGCGUUGACUCAUCCUUCAAAAUUGCGGAAAUUGGAGGAUGGAACAUCAACACCUGGAAAUGUAAACAAUAGUCAUGGUGUUUAUUCUGCUCCAUCGCAGAUAGUGAUCCCUGGUGGACCAUCAGGGAGCUAUAGUUCUGGUGCUGUUAAUUUUCAGCAACCAGAGAAUGAAGUUGCUCAGCUCACGCCCGACGAUGAGUCAGCUCUUCUGCAGCAGGUCUUACAGCUGACACCCGAGCAGCUGAGUUCGUUGCCACUAGAGCAGCAGCAGCAGGUGAUCCAGCUUCAGAAGAUGCUAUCAGCUGGUAAAUAACACCUGCUGAAUAGACAGACCUAAACUGUUACAUACAUAGACAAUAUGGAAGAAGUGGCGAAACUGGACACGAUCGUAGUCAAUACCUGUAGCCACACAUGUAGCUUCUCAACUUUGUUGGUAUGGCCAUCAGUUUUGUUCUUGGUUAUUUAUCUGGCAUUCUUUGUAAAGUUGGAGAUAGAAAUGUGAUGGCAAUAGAUGUAGCGAGGAAAGGUGAUAAUUAUCAGGCAGUUUGUAACAGUUUAGAAAAGAAUAAUCUUAUCAAGAGAAGGGAGGUGUAUUUGUGUUUC